UUCUUCACGAAAUUUCUACCAUUCUUAACACGGGAUUGGAUCGCGACACACUUUCUUUAUGUUUAAAUUUGUGUGAAAAUGGUGUAAAUCCUGAAGCGUUAGCUGCGGUGAUAAAAGAACUUCGUAGAGAAAGUGCAGCAAUAAAA